AUGGGAGGCCUUGGCAAGACUACACUAGCAAGACAAAUUUAUCAUGACACGGAUAUUGCCUCUCACUUCGACAUUCUUGCAUGGGUAACAGUAUCACGUAUAUAUUAUGAACAAGAAGUACUCAGUCGCCUUCUGAGUUCCAUAAGAGUCCCCAUUCAUGAAUCAAGCCAAGAAAGUGUAGAAAAAUUAGCUGAGAAACUAUGUAAAAGUUUGAAGGGGAAGAGGUGCCUCAUUGUCCUUGACGAUGUGUGGGAUGGAGAUAUCGUGUUAAAAGUCAAAAGUUUGCUUCUACAUGACAGUAAUGGAAGCCGGAUUUUGUUGACAACUCGAUCUCAUGAUGUGGCUCUGUAUGCUGAUCCUAUUUUCCACAUUCAUCGUAUGAGAUUGCAAACUGAUCAAGAAGGCUGGAAUCUGCUGCACUAUUUGGUGUUUGAUAAAGAAAUGUGUCCUCCUGAAUUGGAGAUAUUUGGUAGGGAGAUUGCACGGAUCUGCAGAGGACUUCCACUUGCACUUAUCUUGAUCGGUGGUGUCCUGUACAAAGCCGAGAGGACACGUGAUUACUGGAUGUAUGUUGAGAAUGAAUUGGAGAAAUUAGGUAGGGAGAUUGCUACGCAAUAUAUGAGGCAUGACCUCCGACUACUGAAUUUUGUUCGUGAGUGGACCUAUAGUGGUGAAAUCAAAACCUGCUGCAUCCAUGAUGUCUUGAGGGACUUCUGCCAGAUGAAAACUAAGGAAGAGUUCAACCCGGAUGUUGUCCAUGACAACUUCGGCCGGGUGAAAACUAUGGAAAAGUUCAAUUCGGACGUUGAGAAUCUUCUAGAAGUCCAUUACAAUCUUCGUCACGACAUAGGAAACAAUGGAAUUCAGGUUGUGCUGAAAGACAAGGAUACUAAGGUUUCUAGCUGA